GAGCCGUCUGGGUGCAGUCGCCCAGAUUCUCCUCCAUCCUUACCUCGCCCCGCUCUCCGGGAGGUUCGGGCACUUGGGUCUCCCUGUCUAGUCCUGCGUCGCCGUCCCCUGAUCUGACGAGUCGCCAUGGCCCAGGUCCUCAGAGGCACCGUGACCAACUUCCCUGGGUUUGACGAGCGGGCUGAUGCAGAAACUCUUCGGAAGGCCAUGAAAGGCUUGGGCACUGAUGAGGAGAGCGUCCUGACUCUGCUGACAUCCCGAAGUAAUGCUCAGCGCCAGGAGAUCACUGUGGCUUUUAAAACUCUGUAUGGCAGGGAUCUUAUGGAUGACCUGAAAUCAGAACUAACUGGAAAAUUUGAAAAAUUAAUUGUGGCAAUGAUGAAACCCUCUCGACUUUAUGAUGCUUAUGAGCUGAAGCAUGCACUUAAGGGAGCUGGAACAAAUGAAAAAGUUUUGACUGAAAUUAUUGCUUCAAGGACACCUGAGGAACUAAGAGCCAUAAAACAAGUGUAUGAAGAAGAAUAUGGCUCCAGCCUGGAAGAUGACGUGGUGGGGGAUACUUCAGGGUACUACCAGAGGAUGUUGGUGGUUCUCCUUCAGGCUAAUAGAGACCCAGAUGCUGGAAUUAGUGAAGCUCAAGUUGAACAAGAUGCUCAGGCUCUGUUCCAGGCUGGAGAACUUAAAUGGGGGACAGAUGAAGAAAAGUUUAUCACCAUCUUUGGAACACGAAGUGUGUCUCAUUUGAGAAGGGUGUUUGACAAAUACAUGACUAUAUCAGGAUUUCAAAUUGAGGAAACCAUUGACCGGGAGACUUCUGGCAAUUUGGAGCAGCUACUCCUUGCUGUGGUGAAAUCUAUUCGAAGCAUACCUGCCUACCUUGCAGAGGUACUCUACUAUGCUAUGAAGGGAGCUGGGACAGAUGAUCAUACCCUCAUCAGAGUUGUGGUGUCCAGGAGCGAGAUUGAUUUGUAUAACAUUAGGAAGGAGUUCAGGAAGAAUUUUGCCACCUCUCUUUAUUCCAUGAUUAAGGGUGAUACAUCUGGGGACUAUAAGAAAGCCCUCCUGCUGCUCUGUGGAGGAGAAGAUGACUAAUGGGCCACCAGGGAGAGUGCCCUGCCUAUGCCUGACCGUCCAACUCCCUUCUUCACGUCCAGCUGCACUUCUCAUAUGCCAAUGCUCAGCACAACGCCUUACUCAUGCUAGCAUGCUAAAGACCAAGACACAUGAAGAAAAUAGCGGUGCUUCCUUCUGAUCUUGGGUCCUGAUCUUACUAUCUCUCUGACUGCUGUAGUACUGAAGUGUACUUACGUUACUAAGUCUAACGCCUAGGUCAUUUAUAUUUUUCCUUAAAAGGCCAGAUUGCUUUUUGCCUUUUUACAGAACUUCAUUUAUAUUAAAUUGAUAACUGUCUUACCUUAAUCGGAACCACAGCCUUGAUAUUGUGAACUCCAGGAAAUGUUAUUAGUCAAGUUUGCAACAGAACUAAACCUGCGAAAUUAUGGUGGUUGUAUUCAAAAGGUUAAUGAAGAAUAAACAUUUCCUUCCCCUUGA